AUGUUUGGGUUCAAAGUUACCAAGAUCUUUUGAUAGAACUGGAAUCUAUAAAAUAGUAAUUCACAUGAUAAAAAAAUAUUUAUAAAAAUGUAUUUAUAGAAGUACAAAAAAUAUUUGAUAUUUUACUAUUAUAAGGUAAUUGUUGUUUUCUAUAGAUUUCCUGAUCAUAUUAUACAUGUAAUAUACUAUAGAUGACAUACUUUUACUAUUUAUACGAGAAAGUUUUAAUGAAUAAAAUAUUAUAGUUAAUCUUUGCAAUUUAGCUUUGAACAAGAUUACUUUCAAUAAAAUGUUGAUAUCUCUAUGUUUAAAAAAUUGUAUUUACUAAUUAUGAAUAAUUUAUUGUAUAAAUAAAUACUGUAUUUACCUGUUUGGCCUUUAGACUGUCUGACCAAUAUUCCUUUAAAUUAUUGAUAGGUUUGUCAGAAAAAAAAUUUACAACAAUAUAUAACAUAUAAAGCAUAAAUAUACUACAAAUAAUAAUGCUAAGAAGACGGUUUCGUUUCAACUGCACAAUUCUCAUUUUGUUUAAUACAAUUAGACCUGAAACAAAAAUUUGACAAUGAUACUUUUACAAUUCAUAAUAUUAUAAUUAACAAUUUAUAAUUAACAAUUGUGUACUGAGAUGUACAUGAAUAUAAAAUGAAUAAAUUAAAAAAAAUAAAUUAAAAAAAAAAUUGAAAAAGAAAAUUCAGAAAAACAAAAAUAAAUGUAAAAUAUACAGUACAAAAUAUACAGUCAAAAUAAUAAUAAAAAAAUUGAUAGUUUACAGAUUGUUAUUGCUUUAAUACUGACGUACAAUCAAAUUAUUUGUUAAAAUAUUGUAGCAGAGUCAAUGGGAUAAGAAAACAUCCGAAAAUCUCAAUUACCUUAAGUAAAAAUACAUUGACGUGUAGAAUGAAUUUUAGUAAAUGAAAUCGUUGAAUAUGUUACAAUGAUAUUAAAACUUAUAUCAUAAUAAACAGAAUCAUUAUUCAAAGAAUCUGAAGCUACGUUGCUUCACGCCACGCUAACGUAUCUUCCGCGCACACUUAGAUAUCUACGUGUAGAUGCCUAGCAUGUAGAUAUGUCAAGUUUCAUGCACUAACGCGCAAUCGUCAUUUGUAGAUUUCAAUUUGUGCAAAAUUGUAUUUAUCAUAAGUACUAAAUAUUAUCAUUUGGUUUAUAUGGUAUUGUGCAAAUUCGACGUGAACAUUAUACAUUUCACUUUUUAAUUAUAAAUUGUACGCUGUAAUAUAAAUUCAUUCGUUUGAGAACUACAUAUAAUGUGUCUUGUACUUUCUCCGUGUAAGAAUACAAGUACUUUCUAGCUGCUACAUACAUAAAUUCCUUUAUAUGCAAAUUCCAAGAUCUUUAUUUAUUAAGUAGCAUUAAAAAGUUGUAUGUGAUGACUGACUUACAACGCAAAGGUACGAAUUUUAUUAUGAUGAUUUAAGUAAGGUGUAAUGCAGCUACUUAAACAGUUUUAUCGUUAAAAUAAAAUUAAAUAGAUAUAACGAUUUUCAAAAUUGAUAUUGAACGAAUAUCAUUUCAGUAGUAUCACUGUUUCAAAUUUUAUUUCAUUGUCUCCAUCGGCUCUUCCAAAGUGUGAAACUAAAUGAAAUGAAAAAAGAUACGUCAAAUAUAUCUGUAUUUCAUCCACGUUGAAAUAUUUGAAAAGAUUUGAAGAUAUUUAAGAUUUUAUGAGUACUCUUUUUUCGAUAAUUAAAUAAAGUUCUUAUCUUUGAUAACGAAGAACUACAGUGCAUUAAUAUUCAGUUGCAUAUUUCGUAUCAAACAUAAAUAUUUUUUUUCUCAUUAUUUGUUUCUUUGUCUCUCAGUGAUCUUAAUAUUCUUAACUUUAAUAAAACUCGUCAGAGGACGCUGAUGCAUUAUGACGACCAAUCAGAGGAUUGGACAGCUUCGAAUCGGUGCACAAUGCUUCCGAUGUUCCGGCAGAUGUGGAUUUUGUUUAUACUUUCAAGUGUAUUUUACGUUUGAUCGCUUUACGUUCAACUCUCGCCUUGAAGUGUACGGUGUACGUAAAAAUUCAGACAAUGUCUCGCACAGUUCAACAAAUACCGACAAUAUAUUAAGUAACGCUGGUGUAAGAUUGAAAUAAUAUAUGUUUUCACGUUCACGUUGAAUGUCGUCGAUACGAAAGUGUACGGUUGCAUUUUCCUUUGUUAUUGCAUCUGUAGUAAACGUGUAUGAAAUAUGACCGCUGAAUAAACGUAAGGAAUGAAUGAAAUCGAGUAUCGUGAAAUUAUUCAAAUAUUGAAUUGAUUGUCGUUAUUAGAAGUUAAUUGCAAAAUUUUGUGAUUAAUUAUUUGGAGCAGUAAAAUUAUUUUUUUAUCGUAUUAAUGUACACACAUGCAGAUGCAUAAUCAAUAUAUUGAUAGUUCAUUUUUUAUGUAAUCGUAAAUCCAACCAAGCAAAUUAGUUAAUUUUAGAAAACUUUCAUCUAAUUUCAUAGACUUUUAUUUUAAAAAUGUAAUUUUUUAAAUUUAUUAAAUUUUAUUAAUAUAUUCUGAAAUGUGUGAUAAUUUGUAUUUUUUUUUUAUAGAUUUUUAUUAUUAUGCAAUUUAUUGCACAUGCUGUACCAAGCUUAAAAUUUGGCUGCAUACUAUGUAUUUGAAAAUUUAGUAUUAUAUUGUAAUUUGCAUUCAAUCUCUUUGAAAACUAACAUUUUAACCAGAAAUAUUUAUUAUAUUAUUUUUACUCGUGUGUAAUAAUAGUGUAAUAAAGAAAUAAUAGUGUCAUUUAUUAAAUACUGUCUUAAUAAUUAACGUGUAAAAAUGGCAUCUGGCAUGGAAAUUGAUGAUUUAUUGUCGGGACCUUUGGUAACAUGGAGAUCCUGAACCAUUAUACAAUGAAAUAAUACCUUCAGAAGGAAGUUCAUUAAUUCGCACAAAAAACUUGGAGGUUAUAGUGGAUAAUAUGAAACAAUUUUAUGAAGAGGAAUUAGGUCAUAUAGUCUUGAAGUUACCAGAUACAUUAAAUUUAGGCAAAGAACCACAAGUAUAUAUUUCUGAAAUGAAAUUAUUAUUAUUGUUGCUCCUUGGUUGUGCUGUACAGUGUCCUAACAAAGAAAAAUUUAUCACGAAUAUAAAAACAUUAAACGUUGAUACACAACUUGCAAUAGUUGAAUGUAUUAAACAGGUCACAGAUUAUCAAGACAUAGUUAUUACUCAAGAUGCAAUGGAGAAUGUAAAUAUGGGAUGUUUAUUUGUACAAAUAAAAAAGAUGACUCAAGAAUUAGAUUUACAUCGUCAGAAAUGGAGAAACACUAUUAUAAACGAGAGUAUUGAAAGAAAUGAUUCGUCAAUUAGUGUAGAAACUGAAGAAAUGAACAAAGUGCAACAGUCUAAUCCUAUUGUUAAAUCAGAACGCGAGGAUAAUCAUCAUUAUGCAGUUGAAUUGGCCGACUGGAAAUCGAGACUUAGAAAACAACGACAAGAAUUAACCAAGAAUUAAUGCACGAAGCACGCACAGCAAAGUCUUAUAGAGAUGAAUUAGAUGCAGUAAUUGAAAGAGCAGAUCGUGCUGACCGAUUGGAAUUGGAAGUAGUAAGAUAUCGGGAGAAACUUACGGAUAUAGAAUUCUAUAAAACUCGAAUAGAGGAACUACGCGAAGACAACAAAGUUUUAAUGGAGACUAGAGAAAUGCUAGAAGACCAAUUAAAUUCAUCAAGAAGGAGAGCAGAUAAAGUAUUGGAAUUGGAGUCUGAAAUUAUUAAGUACAAACAAUUAUUGAAUGAUAUGGCAUUAGAACGUGCGGUUGAUAAAGAGAAAUAUCAAGAACUAGUCGAAGAAAACAGUCAAUUGCAUAAAUUAACGAAAGCUGCUGCAAAUGAAGCUGCCCUAGCUAGUUCUAUAAGUGAUUCUGAAGAACCAGCACACGCUGAUAAUAGAUUAUCUGAACAAUUGACAAAUAAUGCACAAACACGGGCUUUGAAACUAGAAUUAGAAAACCGUCGAUUGGUUACUUUAAUAGAUUCUUUAAAAGAAAGUUCAUUUCAUGAAAAUUCAUCUCGUGUGUUGGAAUUAGAAAAAGAAAAAAAAAAGCUGCAAUUAAAGGUCGAUUCGUUAAAUGAUAAUAUUGAAAGGCUAACGCAACAAAAUUCAGAUUUGGAAUUUGUAUGGAAACAAGCUCUCGAGGAAAACAAAAAGUUACAGACUUCAUUACAAAAUCAAAGGACAUCGUCCGAAAAACAACAACAGGAGUUCCAAACCCAACAUACAAAAUUGAUAGAACUGGAAAAAAAUUACGACACGAGUGUAAAAGAAAAACAACGAGUUCAGUCUUUAUUGGAAAGCGUACAAAGACGAGCAGAUGAUUUAGAACGUAGUUUAGAGCUUGCCAAUCAAAAAAUCGAGGAAUUAAAAGUUAUCGAAAAUAACGUAAAUGAAAUUAAUUCCAAGUGUCUUGAUCUUGAAUCAAAACUUGCGACAGUAGAACGAGAGAAAGAUGUAGCACUACGUGAUGUUCAUCGAUAUCGGGAAACAGUAGAAAAAAAAGAUGUUGCAUUGGACACAGCAACAAAUAGUAUUGAAGUUCUAGAAAAGAAAGUAACGCAACUUGAACAGGAACUUCAUGAUUCUGUUACACAAAUUUCAAGAUUGCAAGAAAUUGAAAGAUCCAGUAAGGAAUUGGAUUCACGGGCAGCUAUUGACAGAGAAACAUUGGAAAUUCUACAAUCGAGUUUAAUAGCUGAAAAAUUGAAUACUCAACAGAUGUAUGCAAUUCUAGAAAAACUUGGCCUUAGUAAUGAGAUAUUGUUAUCACUUUCAUUUGAUAACAUUAUUAAAAAAAUCGCGCAAAUUCCGGAAAUCGUUGAUUACAUAAGAAAUUCAGAUAAUUUCUGCUAUUAUGAAAACUCAGUACCUGAAACAAAUUCCGAGGAUAAUGUAACUAGUAAUAUUCAUAGUACAUUAGAAGCAACGGUAGAAACGCUUAAGAGGGAACAAGAACACUUAAAUAUGAAAUUGGCUACUGCACAAGUCGCAUCAGAAAAUCUUUUAUCUGAAAAUGCCAAACUUCAAGUUCAGAUAACGACACUACAAUCUCAAAGUAAUUCUUUAGCAGCACAACAUGCAGCCUUGCAACUUGCAAAUUCGCAACUUGUCAUUGAAAAAGAAGAGUUGUUAAAGGAACGUAGUGCUCAACAACAAGCGCACACACAACUGGUUCAUGAUCAGGUCACUCUGCAAUCUUUGCACGAGCAAUUAAACAAUGAAUAUGAAAAUCUUUUCCACGAACAUGAUGCUCUUAAAUCAAACCUACGAGAUGUAAAAAAUGAAAUUAGAAUGUUACGCGAAUCUUAUGAAGGAUUGAAAGAAAGAAACAAGACAUUACAAUCUGACAAGGAAUCACUGGUGAAUGAUGCGAAAAGUUUAAAUAAUUUGAGAGGAGAACAUUCGAAAUUGAAGGACGAUUUUAGAAAUCUAUACACUGCUACAGAAAAAUUGAAGAUGGAGUAUAGAAAUUUACAAGAAGAUUAUAGAAAAAACAAAAUUGAAACAAACCGAUUAAGUCUUAAAUUAACAGAAAUGCAAGGCGAGCUUAGUAGUAGGGAUGAAAGAUGUUCCAAUUUAGAACUUCAAAUUAAUAAAUUAAAUCAACGUUGUGGGGUCCUACUACAUAUGAAUUCUGGUUUAGAUAAUGAUAGGCGUUCUUUGAUGGAUCAUAUUAGUUUAUUGUUUAGCCAAUAUCAUGAACUUCUGACUCAUUCUCUUGAAGACAAAGAACAUUAUCACAUGGAAGAAAAAAUGUAUACAAUCGACGAUCUUGGGUGGAAGAUUCCAAACACUCAGAAGGAAAAGCUUAUGAGUCAGAAUCUGGUGGAAAUGACUCUGAUGCUAGUACAGAAGAUCAACGCUUAGCAGGAUCAACUAGAGGUCUCGGAUCAGAUGCGUUAUCUCUUGGACAUCCAGGAACUAGAAGAACAGUCUAUUACACCGAUGAUUCUCCACCGCCGUCAACUACCUUACCAGAACAGGCAGAUGACAGACGUUCCAUAUUGUUGGAACAAACUUCACGAUCGGAGGUGCAAGCAGAACCACGGCCGGUUCUGAUAUACAACAAAGUAUCGGCAGUUAUAAACGAAUCGAAGAAUCUUAACAAUAGUGAAAUGAAGGAUGUAGGACAAGAAGAGACAGUGAUAGAAACUCCUGUGGACAAAGAUUCUAAAGCGGGUAAUCAAGUGUGGUACGAAUAUGGUUGCGUAUGAUUUUACGUUACCUAUUUUUAACUUUCAUUUAUUUGCUUGUACUUGCCACAAAGAUCAAGAUCUAUUAUACCUCGAUUUUUUUACUUUUUAAUUCAACGAAUGUUUUCCACAAAUUCGUAUAAACGACUAUUUUAAAAGACUUUCAGUAGCGAUUUUAAUUGAGUGUUCACGAGUUCCUAGAAAGUUUUUAUGAAAGUAAUAUAAAUUAUCAAUUUAUUUUCGAAUUCCAUAUUUAUUCUAAAUAUUUGAUAUUUUUAAUACAUCAUUUUUAUUAGCAUGAUCUUAUACAUUUAUACUGAUACAUGUUCGUAAAGAGUUGAUGUAUAAUCAUGUGCUAUGUAAGUGUACAUCAUUCUGCAGAUAACAAAGCGAAACACAUUCUGUUUUGACAACAGCGUAAUCAUUAUGUAUAAUGUAUAGUGUUCAAUUAGUUUCUAACUAUCAGUCAUUAAACUAAUUGUAUUAAUUUUACUGCCUCUCGCAUUUAUGAAGUACAUAAAAUAAUAGAAUUAUGAAUAUUAAAAAAAAAUUUCAUUUUAAUCAAAUUGCAAAUAGUGAUUAAUUUUAAGAUACUCCUAAUAAAGAAGAAAGCGUUUUUUUUUUCUUUUUAAAUUGGAUAUAAUUUUAUAUUACAAACUGAGUCAAUAAACCAAAAUUUGAUCGUUAUUAGAGAACAUAUACUUAAUUAAUAUAUUUUAUAAAGACGAAUAAGAAACAAUUUUUUAUAUUUAUUCAUGAGAAUUUCAAUAUCAUAGAAAUUAGUGGAUUAAGCGAGCGAUGCACCUUGACAAAAUCUCACGGUUGAAAAUCUCACGAGUUUCAUUGUCGAGGGAGCUUCGAAUUUUUUGUUAUUUUCCUACGGGUCGGGAGCAAGAGGUUCGGACGAAAAAAAGCUGACCACCGUCUGUUCGAACCCUUUCUGAAUUAUUUCUCAGGCUCUGAAAAUUUGCAUACGAUGCAUACUCAAGGAAUUAUGUUGCUAUUCCGCAGAUCAAAUGUCAAACAUUUUUUUUCCCUUCAACUCGCAUCGUUGGAGAAGUAGAAUUUGUAGACUGAAUAUAAAAGAAUAGAGCUAGUUGCUUAAUCUAUAAUUAUUAAUCUUUGUUACAUAUCUCUUAGCGUUGCAUAACUUCAUCUUUCUAUUUUUUUCCAUUUCCGUUUUUAACAAAUUUCUCCAUUCCAUUGUCAAAAGUAUUUAAGUCUUUAUGUUAAUAAUGGCCUUAAUAAUAAUAAACAAAAUUUUCU